AUGGUGAGCAUUCAAUCUCGUUGCACCGUCUUUCCCUCAGAAACCACCCCCUAUGAAAAACUGUUUUCCUUGUGCGAGCAAAUGAAGCUUCGUACUCACGCACCACUCCUUUACGUGUACAAGCCACACCCUUAUCACCAUGCAUCAAAUUUUGUUGACACUUUGAGACACUCUCUUGGCCAAGCCUUGACAAUCUAUUACCCACUUGCGGGUAGGUUGAUAUGGAUUCAAGGGGGGCGAUGGGAGCUUCAUUGCAACGCCAAGGGUGCACAACUAUUGGAAGCCAAUUGUAAAGACGUGAAUUUGGAUGAUUUGGGUGAUUUUGUGCCUACCCAUUUGGUGUCACAGCUCAUACCAAACAUUGAUUAUGAUGUUCCCAUUGAGGACACACCCUUGUUGGUUGCGCAACUUACGAGGUUCCCUUGCGGUGGCGUUACCAUUGGGGUGGCUCUGUGUCGCGGUGCCAUUGACGGAACUGCAACCAUGCGGUUCAUGAGGUUGUGGGCCAAGUUGGCUAGGAGGGAGAACUUGGAGCACGUGGAAAUGGUACCAUGCAAUGAUCGAAGUAUUUUGAAUUCGUACAUGGCUCAUUCGGGGUUGCACGAUCAUUCGGAGUUUCACACUCCUUCUCCUUGGUUAGGUUCUUUGGGGAAAGACACCAAGGCAGUGGUUGCAAUAGUGAAGCUCACGGAUGAACAAGUGAAGAAACUGAAACACAAGGGGAAUCACGUUAACAUAAACUCUACUAGUCCUGGUCCUAGUUCAACCCCUUAUUCAACUUUUGAGGUUAUCUCAGGGUACUUGUGGAGGUGUGUUAGUAAAGCACGUUAUGCUGGGAAAAGAGACCAACCUACGAGGUUGUCCACUUUGGUUAAUUGUAGGCACCGAAUGAGGCCACCUCUUCCUGUUAAUUAUGCAGGGAAUACAGCAUUUCCCACAGUGACACCAACAUGCUCUUUUGGUGAAAUCAUUCAUAGGCCUUUGAGUUAUGCGGUUGGGAACGUUAGGGUGGCACUUGAAAAAGUGACGGGGGAGUUUGUAAGGUCAGCACUUGAUCACAUAUCAAGGGAGAAAGACAUGAAUUUGAUUAGGUACAAUUUUCAUUACCCAGCCCCAAGUGUGCAUAAGGGACCGUACAAGGGGAACCCGAACCUUUUUGUUGUCAGUUGGAUGAAUUUCUCCUUCAAGGAUGCGGAUUUUGGAUGGGGGGAACCCUUGUAUUUUGGUCCCGGGUACAUGGAUUCUGAAGGAAAAGCAUUUCUUAUGAAUGAGGCCAAUGGAGAUGGCCUCAUUGUGGCCAUAUCCUUGGAAGCAUCUCACAUGGAUGGUUUCAAAAAAGUGUUCUAUGAAGAUAUCGAUCAGGAAUCUCUCAUUUCAAAACUGUGA